GGUAGACUCGCUACGCAGGUGGUUAUAUUCAGGCUACGAAAAUUCAUUAUACGUAUUGCAACUCACUAUUCACGUCCCUUUCCCAUUUCACGGAUUACCCCACGUCCAGCCCAGGGUUAGGGUUAUCACUUUUCUCCCAUCAUUACCACCGCCACCACUCCCUCAUUCAUACCAGUACUCAUAACUUCCCAACCUCAAAAUGCCCCGCCCCCGCACCCCCAGACCAUCACAAACCUCCUUCACCCGCCCCGCCCCAGCAGCCGUCACAUACGACCUAUCCAUCCCGGACCAAGCCACCAUCACCGUCCCCCGCGGGUCCACCUGGUCUUCCGGCCCGCAUUGGCAUGAGGCGCAUACGGAGUUCCUCGAAGUGCUAGCUGGCAGGGCGAGGGUUAGGUUGGGGGGAAAGACAGUCAGGGUCGGUAGGGGAGAGGGGGUUGUGGUUAUUCCGAGGGGGGUUGUGCAUGAGUGGUUGAGGGAUGAUGUGGUUGGUGAGCAUGAGGGUGAAGAUAUAGGAGAAGGGGGGGAGGAAGAUGGGGAUUUGAUCGUGAGGGAGUGGACGGAGCCGAAGGAUGGGAUGAAGGAGGUUUUCUUUCGGAAUUUGAAUGGGCUUAUUCUUGAUGCUGCUGGAGACAAGAGUGGGGGUUGGAGGAGCGGAGUGGUUCUUGAGGUUGAGUUGUGGAAUUUGUUUUGGCGCGCGGAUAAUUAUCCUGUUAUUUGGAACGGUGGGUGGGUUGGGAGAGUGGCUACGAAGGUGGUGAUGGGAGUGGCGGUUGCGCUGGGGUGGGUGUUUGGGUGGAAAGGGGUUUAUGAGGAGUAUGGGUUGAGAAGGUAGAGUUAUCUCGAAGUUUCUUGAUU